AUGUACGGCACAGGUGACGGCACGGUUUUGUGGACGUGUCACAUCUUUGGCAACCAGAGCGUUCCCCCCGUGGUGCCGUUUAACCUCGGCUCACUGGGCUUCCUGACCCCCUUCGAUCCGGGCAGUGCGGAGGAGGUGCUGCAUCACGUCAUGGAGGGCGGCUUCCCCAUCAUGCUGCGACACCGGCUGCACUGCCACAUAGUUCGGGCAGCUGAGUGGGUGGUUCUGAACGAGGUGGUUAUCGACCGGGGCAUCUCCUCCUUCCUCACCAACCUGGAGUGCUACUGCGAUGGAACCUUCGUGACGCAUGUGCAGGGUGAUGGCCUCAUCGUGGCCACCCCCACGGGGAGCACCGCCUACAAUCUAGCGGCCGGCGGGUCCAUGGUCCAUCCGCAGGUCCCCGGCAUCCUGUUCACCCCCAUCUGCCCGCACAGCUUGUCAUUCCGCCCCCUCAUCUUCCCUGACCACGUGUCGCUGUGCGUCCAGGUCCCCGCCAACAGUCGCGCCCAGAUGUGGUGCUCAUUCGACGGCAAGGACCGUCAGGCGCUCAACGCCGGGGACGCGGUGGUCAUUCGCAUGAGCGCCUGGCCGGUACCGACGGUGUGCUCCAAGGACGCAUCACGAGACUGGUUCAGCGGCGUGCGGGAGGGCCUGCACUGGAACAUGCGACGGCUGCAGGCGGGGGCGGGGCAGUAG